AUGAACAAGGUUCUUGCAGUAGGUUUUUUAGCCCUGGUCUACGUUGACAUGGCUGUUGGAAGUUUUGUGUGUCAUUACUGUCGGAAGGUUAAAACCGAUAACACAUGUGUCCAUGCUGCAAAAACUUGCAGGGCUGGGCAAUAUAAAUUCUGCUAUACUCAGCUGAUUGCUAAAGGGCUUUCUGUUGUCAAUGUGGACCGGGGCUGUACUAUGAAGUGUGAAACCGUCAGGUAUAGGAAAACGGGACUGGAAAAAUAUAUGCUGUGCUGUAACACAGACCGUUGCAACCAUCACAAUAUCUGGGUCAAGGAAUAA